UUAAGUAUCAUUUUUUUCUCAUGUUUUCUCAGCAUCCAAACAGACAGUUCCCUGAAUCAGUAGCAAUUCUGGCGGCUUUUUCCUGAGCUCGAUUUCGAUCUGUAACCAGUCACAGACUCGCCGCCAAAAUGCAACAUCCGUCGCUCUUGCUUUUUGGAACCACUUUUUGCUAAUUGAAGAGAACUUGGAUCUAUCGAGAAGAAGAAAGCGGCAAAAAGUUUUUGUAGUAAAGGCGAUACAUUGAUUCAAAACUUAAAGUUCAAAGGUGUAUUAUACAUUACAUUCAUGGAGAUAUAGCUAUCUCCUCAAGGGAGAUUUGUAAAGCCCUCUCUUCCUCUCUGAAGACCAAAAAACCACACAAACAUAAGGAUAUAGACUAAGUUUCUGCAAUGGGAUCAUUGCAGCGGUGCGGGACACUGAAAACAGUUACUAGAAAGCUUAGAGAAAACCCAAUUACACAAGUUAGAGCUUCCUCAGAGAUAUUUUACAUAUGAACAUAUUUAAAUAAAUUAAAUCUAGUUAGCCUUUUAUAACCGUUCCGUAUUCUUGAAAAGAAAGGAAUUGAUUGGCAGGAAGAAGCAUCUUACUCUCUUCUUCAUCCAUCUUCCACAGUGAGUCCAAACAGUAGUCCCAUGAUGGAGAAGCCACUAAAGGAUAGGAGAAAUCGCAACCUUCUUCACUGUAGGUAUCACAAAGAGGAUUUAUAGUGUUUUCUUCAGAUAGAUCAAUGUCCUUCCAUAUGUCAUCCAUGGAGUAACCCUUUUCAUUUUCUAUCUGUUCACUCUUUUUUCCUGCCAAAGCCAUCAUAUCAGGACCUCCUGUGUCAUAAAAUCUUGCCUUUCCAGCAUCUACUUUCGUGAUAGUUGAUGAUGAGGAAGAACUCUUAGGAGAUGAUGGAGGUAUAGCCCGUUUA